AUGGCGCAAAAAGAUUCUCGCGGCGUAGCUCAAGACGAACAUCAAAGCUUCAUUGAGUGGUGCAUUCGCACUGCUGUAUUUGUGGUGUUCUAUGCUGGUCAGUCCGCAAUGAUAAAUCUAUCCCAAUUCCUUGGUCUCUUGCUGUAUCCCUUCUCCAAGGCUCUUUAUCACGAUUACAUUCAGCAAACACAAAAAUGCUUUGGGAUGCUUCUUGUUGCUAUUACACAAUUUUUCGCACCAAGCGUGUUUGUUGUCACGACAGACGAGUCCGCAAAAGACUUUGUUAAGAAAGAUUGGAAAAAUGGACGGUUGUUCUUGAACGUCCCCGAAAGAAUUAUUUUGAUUGCGAAUCACCAGGGAAUGCAGUUUUUCCAGUUCAUCUUUUUGAAAAGAAGCUGGGUGGCAGAUAAGGACCAUCUGGAAAAGACAAUGCGUGAUCUAGCAAAGUCAAUGAAGCCGUUGUGGUUGCUCAUAUUUCCAGAGGGAACGCUCAUCUCAGAAUGUACGCGAAAAACCUCUCAGAAAUUUGCGGAGAAAGCUGGUUUGGUCGACCACAAGCACCUCUUGCUUCCUCGAUCAACAGGACUUCUUUUCUGUAUGAAGGAGCUUCAAGAGUCUGUAGACUAUAUCUAUGACAUGACAAUUGGUUUUGAUGGUGUUCGAUCCGGAGAAUUUCCGGAAGACCGUUACACAUUACGCCGGAUAUUUUUUGAAGGACGUUACCCAGCCAACAUCCAUGUUCAUGUUCGCCGAUAUGCAAUUGCGGAUAUUCCAAAAGAUGAGAGUAAGUUUACAGAAUGGCUACGACAACGCUGGACGGAAAAGGAUGCUCUGAUGACAGAGUUCUAUUCCAAAGGACGAUUUACAUCUAUUUACGAUUCACCCCAGAUAGUGAAGAUACAGAUGAGGAAUAUUACAGAACUAGCACAUAUUUGGUAUUUUAUGGUGCCUUGUGUGAUUGUAUGGUAUUUGGUUAAUACUUAUAGUUUCGGAUGGGCUAUUCCAUCAGUUUGA